UAUGUACAUGUGUGCGUGUAUUCAUCUUUGUAAGUGACACACAUAAAUUGCAUGCGAAAUAUCGUCGCUAAUCAAGUCAUGAUUAGAAGCCAGGCAACUGUCUGGCGCAUCGCAUCAACCUUAUAAAUUGAAAUAAAUCGAAUAAAUUGUAGUUGCACAUAAUUGAGCAUUCAGUGCGCUUGCAGUAAUAUACUGUUCUUUGUUGCCCGUGGCAGAUGGGGAGUGAGUCAGCUUGCAUGGUUAGAGACGAUAGGAAAUAAAAGAUUAUCUACUAAAUUUCUGGAAUAACGCAGGCUGAAGGAAUAGACACCUUUAUAAAUAAUUAGUUAAUAUUUAACCACUUUAAUAUAUAUUUAACUUCUAUAAAUGUAUAUAUAAAUUGUAAAAAUAGAAAACGAAUAUUAAAACAGUUUAUAAGUAACGGCAGAGACACAAACUUAAGAAAGUUGUUCUAAAAUUUCUCGAAUUCACAUAUCACCGAACGGCCAAUCAACAGCUUAGCGAUAAAAUUAUACGAACUGCAUUGCAGAAAAGCUCACAUGCGCCCACAACGAGAGGAAUAUGACGUAUGUCCGUUGACUCGAAGCUUAACCUAUGACAUCAUUAGUAGAGUGAAACGUGAAUGUAGUUUCCACUCACGCACAUUUAUGCAUAUGUUGUUUAUAUACACGAUUAUUUGUGGCAGGAUAUCGAAAAUAAGCGAAAGGAAUUGUUGACCAAAAAGAAACGAAAAGCUGAUUACAGUAACAACUAUGACAAAUAAGACAACAAUAUUUUAGACGCAGUUUAUUGAAUUGAAAGCUGCUUUUGCAUGGAAAAUAAGGGCUAGUCAGCAAUUACUUGUAUGAAUGUGUGCUUCAAAAAAAUAUUGAAGCAAGAAUAUAGUAAAAAGUGCUGUGGGCGGCCUGUGGCGGGCUGUCUUCCGGAGUGUGAGCUAACCAAACGGACAAAUGUGAAGCAGUUCAGCGAAAGUGUUGACAAAUUGACAGUUUAGUUGUAAGCGAACAACGGUUUGUGUAGGAAGCGUCUUGCGCGUGUUGAGAAAGUUGUUGACUAAAGUGAAAAUAAUAUUAAUUAAUUAAAAUUUUGAAGGAGAUUUUUCGUACAAGCGAAAGUUAAAAUUACUUUGCUUGUGAAAUUACUUUGCUUGUGAAAUAUUUUCAAUUAAUUUUGUGAUAGAAGGAUUCUCAUUAAAAAAAUUUAAACAAUAAAAAAUGCAUUCAUAUAAACAAACACUACAUACAAACACACACACAAUAUAUUGAUUUUAGUUUGACAACAAAACAAUUGAACGCACAAACCGCACCAAUUAAAUUAAACGAAAGGCGCUUCGCUGGAGUGCUUAAAAGUGCUGUCACGACAACAACGCGAAAUACACGCACUUUCAAUAUCCGUUCAUAAUUUUUUACUUUAAUUAAUAAUGGCAUUGAAAAUUUCCAUAUUAAAAGCCGUUUUGGCAGUUGUCAACACAGUGCUGCCGCUGCUUGGUAUUAGUUUAAUUGCGCUUUCCGUUUAUGAGUUGAACACCUCAACGCCUGGCACUAUGCAACACAUUUCGAUCGUAAUACAAAUAUUUAUUGGUUCGUUUGUCGUGCUAACUUCAUUCUUGGGUUGCUUUGGACUGUGUCGCGAAUCGUUGGGGCUAACAUGGAGUUAUGUAAUUUGCAUGCUGAUCUUAGUUACAUUCCAAAUUUAUUUGAUUACUGUCGCUGGCGUCACCGACUACGUUCAGAACACAACCGAUCAUUUGGACCAAUUAUGGAGUAAUGUCACAUUAAAUGCUGCCGAAAUUGCACAAGUUGAGCAACAGUACGAAUGCUGUGGCAGAUUGGGUAAAGCGGAUUAUGUGAAAUUGGAUAAACGCAUACCGAGAAAUUGUUACCGAUACUUUUCUGGCACCGAAAGUGAUCUGUAUACGGAGAGCUGCCUGACAGUGUUACAAGAGAUGGCACGAAAGAGUGGCAGCACUGGUUUGGCAAUCAAAUUGACGUUGUUUGGUUUUGAGGUACUUGCUUUGUUUUUCUCUGGUCUAAUGGGUAUAACUAUACGCCAUAAAAGAAGAAGAGAUCAAUUCGUGGACAACUAAUGAUCUUCAUGAAAAGCUUUAAGUGUGUGUGUGUGUUAACGAAUAAAUAGAUAAAAUGAUUAUUUAAAAAUGACGAAUUACUUCUAUACCUAAAAUUAUUCACUAAGUGGCCAUAAAUUGUUAACAAAUUUAUACAAUAGAAAAAAAAAUACAUGUGGACGCACUUUCGUUCGCAACUGGAAGCUCUACAGUAAAGCUCUGCCAAUGGUGAGCUUCUAAGAAAAUUACCUUUCAAAAGCCCCAUGCUAUUGCGGGGCUCUCCAUUUGUAGCACAAAUUUGAAGAGUUGAUUUGUUCAGUAUGUGGAAAUUUAAUUGUUGUUGUACACCUGUUGCAUAAUAAUAUUUAUUAUAUACAUAAGUAUUUGUUGUAAAGCUUUUUAUAAUAUUUUUUUUAUACAAAUAUACACCCGAUUUUACGUAGUAUGCCGA